AGAGAGGGGGAAAGAAAGUACAAAAGUGUCAAACCCACCAAAAAAGCCCUACACUCCCUCUUCUUCUUCUUCUUCUUCUUCUUCUUCUUCUUCUUCUUCUUCCUUCCUCUCCUCUUUUCCCCCCUCCCUCUUCUUUCUCUCUCCUCCCUUCGCGUAGAUCAAUUCAAAGUUCCCUUCUUUUUCCCCCAAAUCUCAUCAAUUUCACUCAAUUUCCCCCCUUUUUUGUUUCUAGGGUUUGUUUUUCUUCUUUUUCUUCCCUUUCCUCUUUGUUUUUUUACAGAAACAUCAAAUUGAUUGAAGAAGCUUUGCCGUUGUUGUUUAGUUGUUGAAAUUCGGGAUUGAUUUAAGGGUUUGAAGGAGGGGGUUUGUGAAGAUGAGCGGUGGGGUUAGGGCGUCGUCAACAAUCCCUAGCAAUGUGAAGAAGACUAUCCAGAACAUCCAAGAGAUCACUGGAAAUCAUAGUGAUGAAGAGAUUUAUGCAAUGCUUAAGGAAUGCUCCAUGGAUCCUAAUGAAACCGCUCAGAAACUCCUUCUUCAAGAUACCUUCCAUGAAGUGAAAAGCAGAAAAGAUCGGAAGAAAGAGAACCAGACCAUCCGAGAUAUUGUUGAUUCACGGCCGAGACCUGGUCCAUCAGGACGGGGUGGUCGAGGUGCACGGGGAAAUUAUACAUCUCGCUCUGCAGCUCAGGAUGCUGGUGGGGGACGAAGUAUUCCUGCUAAGGAGAAUGGAAUCAAUAAAGCUUCUCAGCAUGUUCGAUCCAUAUCGUCUACUCCGGUUCAGGAGACAAAGAGAAAGGAUGACAGAAGCUCUGUGACAGGGAUGCCCAAUGGUUCAGUUAAUGUAGUUUCUGAAGGUGUUAAAGUUGCCAAUACUUCAAGCGGUGCCAAGGAAGUUGAGCCACAAGUACGAAGUGUUGGAAGCAAGGAAUCGAACAUGUUGUCUGGAGUGAUUGUGGAAUCUGUUAUGCCAGCAAUCUUAACAGAUGUUGGUUCUAAUGAUACACAUGUCCCUGCUACUGUUGGCAUCAUUAAACGUGAUGUUGGAGGCCAGCGCUCCCAUGUGGAGCCAAAUUUUAAUAUAUCUCCUGAAAACAAAUCAAAAGCUGGUAAAAUGGGCGGCAAGUCACAAGCGGGGAAGAAUCAGUCUGCAGAAUUUUUGCAAUCUUCAUCACUGAGUCAUGGAAGCUCUAGUCGACCAUCCUCUAACUAUGGUAGUCGGUCACAGCAAGCUUUGGGUUCUCAGAAAGUGGGGCCCAACAAGGAGUGGAAGCCAAAGGUGACCAACACAAGCACCGUUCAAGAACUUAAAACACCAGCUACACCUGAAGGCUUUAAUACUCAAGCUGAAACUUGUACACCCAACCAGUCUGUGGAAAUCAUAACUGAUUCAGUUGGUGCUACCAACAAGCUCGAGAAGGAGCUGGAAGGUCUACAUGUUAAGGACAAUCAGCAUGUUAUUAUUCCGAACCAUAUCCAUGUGCCUGAUGCUGUUCGAACUGGUUUGAGCUUUGGAAGCUUUGAUACUUUUGUUAUUGCCUCAAAAGAUCCUAGCGAAUUAGAAACUGAGAUUUCAAAGUCUAUUUCGGAGACAGAACAGGGGAUUGAUGAAACAGUAGAGGAGACCUCAAGUCAAAGCACAUUGACACCUGGAGAAGAAGCUGAUUAUGUUGAUCGUUCACAAUCACCCAUGCAAGCGGAAAACUUGACAUCUGGUGAUGUCAGUGUUCCCGCUAAUUCUGUCUCAGAUUUCAGCGACUCGAAGGAGACAGUUAGUGCUCUGCAGCAUUCCGGUGGCCAUACUUCUGCUGGUUAUAAUUUUGGUCUUUUGCCACCGAUGCUUGGAAACCCAUUAGGAUCACCGGAAGCCUUGGAGACUCAAGCUCUUGAUGCUUCUAGAGCUUCUAGCUUUGUCGUACAGCAACCAGUUGAUCCUUCUAGCUUCUAUGCCCAAUUUUAUCGUUCUGGAGCAGAUAGUGACGUGCACGCGUCCCCUUUUCCAGCACAUGUAGCUGCUGCCAGGUACAAUGGGAAUGUUGCAGUCUUGCCUUCACAGACUUCACAAUCUCUGACCGAGGGUGGAAAUUCCUUGGUCUUCUCAACAGCAGCUCAAACACCAGUUGCAACUCAAGCUGCUGGUGUGAUGCCAAACUCUAUAGCCGUCAAUCAACAGCCUAUGCCUCUUUUUCGCCAACCAGCCGGAGUUCAUAUGCCACAUUACCCUCCAAAUUAUAUUCCUUAUGGCCAUUAUUUUCCUCCAUUUUAUGUCCCACCUCCUGCAAUGCAUCAGUUUAUUGGUAAUAAUGCAUUCUCUCAGCAAGCUCAGGCAGGUAAUGUAUAUCCAGCACAACCUGCUCCCGCCUCUGCCCCUACAUCAGUUAAAUUUCCACUGUCUCAGUAUAAGCCAUCAGGUAAUGCUGGAAAUUCUAUGCACAUGGGUAUUGGUGGAGGUUAUGGACCAUAUGGGGCCUCACCAGUUGGUUACGGUCCAAUUUCAGCUUCUACAGCUGGAAACUCAGCAGCAAAUGAGGAUCUUGCUGCAUCCCAGUUCAAGGAAAGUAAUUUGUAUAUCAAUGGACAACAGAGCGAAGGUCCAGCAGUCUGGAUUCCUGCACCAGGACGUGACAUUGCCAAUUUACCAGCGAACUCUUUCUAUAAUCUUCCUCCUCAAGGUCAGCAUGUGACUUUUGCACCUACACAGGGUGGCCAAGGUACCUUUGCUGGCAUCUACCAUCCUGGUCAAGCAGUUACGGCAGCUAGUGUGCAUCCCUUUCUACAACAAUCCCAGGCCAUGCCUGGGGCUGUUGAUAUGUCGGGUGCGACAGGUAGUGUUUACCAACAACCUCAACAUACACAAAUGAACUGGCCAAAUAACUACUGAACUGAAGAAUGCCCUUUUCUUGUAAGCUAGACAAGAUCUUUCAAUGUUGGGAGUUAUCUGAAUGAUAUGGGACUGCUGGAAUUAUCAACCAAAAAAAAAAGUUAUGGGGGUUGAAUGUGAGGGAUGUGACAUCAUAAAAGCAGGCCGAAGGAUUAGCCAAAGGUAUCUUCUGGUGGUGCUAAAUAGUAUAGUUUGAGGUAUAGAAUGACAAUCUGCCAUUGACUAAAUAUUACAUAUUUUUAGCUAGCUUGGGGGUGAUAUGAGCAGGUUUCUUUUUCAUUGUGUUGGUAUAUGGGUUUUCUGAUCUUCCCCAGUCAUAUUUCAAAACUUUAUUUUAAAUUCAAGUUUUGUAUUAGAACUUACUUGAGUGACUGGAAAGGUAUUUUUCGAAGUUUAUGAAGCCUAGGAUUUAUUAAAAGAGGUCUAAGAUGGUAGGUUAGUGGAAAAUCCCUCUUUUUCUUCAUUUUCUUCUUUCUGUUCUCUUAUCUGUAAAGUGAAUUUUUUUGGGAAGAAGAGGAUGUACUGAAUGAACUGAAACUGUUGUAUUUGGUAUCAAGCAAAAGCAGCUCGCAAUUGUCUCA